AAAAAAUACGUAGAAUUUUGGUGUGAUUUUGUUAAAACGUGUUGGAGAGUAAGGCUGUGCAUCGUGUCCCGUUGGAUUUCGGUGGAAAAGAUUGGAAUCAUCGGCUUAAUCGCUUCCGAAGCCGUGCUCCUGAUUGGCAGAACUUUAACGAUAUCGCGGAUAACAAAAACGGCAUGGCACUUAUUCUAAUAACAGGAAUGCCAGGUGUCGGCAAAACCACCAUCGUACGCAACCUGGGACUAGAACUUCGGAAACGUGCGAUUGCCUUUGACGGUUUCUACACAGAAGAACUCAGAAGCGGUAGCGGAGAACGCAUCGGUUUCGACAUCAUCACGUUCGACGGCCAGAAGGCGCCGCUGGCUCGCGUCAGUGACUCAACAAAAAGCGCUCCGGCUAGGAAUCGAGUCGGCAAAUACACCGUUUGCGUUCCGGAGUUUGAAUCCGUGGCCCUGCCUGCUCUAAGUACCCGUACUGCCAACCUACUGAUCCUAGAUGAGAUCGGCAAAAUGGAAAUGAAAUCGAAAUCCUUCGAAAACCGCCUACAGGAGAUCACCGACAGCGUUGGACGAGGCGAACUGUUCUUCGUGGCAACGAUUCCGCUGAAAGCCACACUAGACAUAGUGGAACGACUCAAGCGAAGCAAAAAUGCACAGCUGUUCCACGUGACCCAAACGAACCGAAACCAGAUCCAUGGUGACAUUCUGGAGGCAACCGUUCGGAUGAUUGGCAAGAAGUCUUGAACGUACAGAAUUUCUUAAAUAUACUGUAAUUUCGAUAAUUAUAAAUAGUCUUGCAUACCUA